GGUGGGGGGCUCUCAGUGCGGCUCCCUGCUUCAGCGGGGGGGCGCUGGGGCUCCCGGUUGAGAACCACGGCUAUAGACUCACACGGUGGCCCCAAUCCCUGCUACACACAGUUUACAAUUUAACUUGAAUGACCAGAUUUAGAAAUAGAUGUGCCUGUCUGCAUGUGUGUGCACCUAACUGCUGCCAGUGUGUGUAUGGAUCAGGUAAGUGCCCAUGCAAAUGGCCAGAUAAACGGGCAGAAAUAGUCAAGGCCGCCCGGGGCGGGGCAAGUGGGGCAAUUUGCCCUGGGCCCUGCAGCGGCCCCGCAAGCCCUGGCCUGACGGUGGUCCGGGUCCUUGGCAGCGGGGGCCCCUUCAGUCGCUCUGGGUUUUCGGCGGCGGGUCCUUCAGUGCUGCCAAAGACGCGGAGCGACUGAAGGGCCCCCCACUGCCGAAAUGCCGUUGAAGACCCAGACUGCCGCUGGGUGAGCUGGCCGCAGCUCCCCCGCUUUGCCCCAGGUCCCCUGAAUCUGAAGAAGUGAGGUUCUUACCCACGAAAGCUUAUGCUCCCAGUACUUCUGUUAGUCUCAAAGGUGCCACAGGACCCUCUGUUGCUUUUUACAGAUUCAGACUAACACGGCUACCCCUCUGAUACUUGAAUCCUCUGGGCGCCCUGGAAAUAGCCCUAGCAGAGCUCAGCCUAAUUUUUUUUUUUUUUUUUACUACUGAGUGAUGCUUAAUGCAGCAUUAAUUUUACUGUCACAGGCAGGCCGCCUCUCAAGUGCCCCUUUGUGGCCUGAGAUAGCUCUGCAGCAGCCAUGCUUCAACUUCCCCUUUCAGGGGCCUUCUUAAAUAAACUCCACAGGGGCUUUUUGCCCAGUAAUGCCCUUCCUCCCAGGGUCUAAUUAAUUGACAUAAGAGACAAAACAAAACUCAGUUGUGGGGCUUCUCUUUAUCCCUUGAGUCUGUUCUCUGCAGCUCUUCCCUGCCUUGGCAGACCACUCUCGGACCUACCUGGCUGGAGGAGGAGGAGUUGUUUUUUUGUUUGUUUGUUUUACUGGUGUGGAGGUUGCUCUCUCUGGCCCUCAGCUUUCUUCAGCCCCUGGCUCUGAGGUUCAAACCCUACUGCAUGGUCAGGGGUUUCCUUCAAGAGCCUCUUGCUCUCUGCAGUCUCUGACACACACACACAUCCCAUAAGGGAAUCACCUGAUCCCUGCUCAGAUGUGCCUGUCUAGUAACUAGGGUUGGUUGGCCCCAGGCCUCUAGCCCUUAAAUGGGCUUGCUACCCUUUUACACUAACCAUAUGUUUUGUCAUGACAUAAGUUAUUUAAGUAUUUUGUGAUGAAUCAAAAUAAAAUUAAUUCAUGUGCCUGUUUUUAAGUUGUCCCAGGUCUCUCUGAUACACCAAGACAGGAUUCACUACUGAUUUUGAAGAAAUAGUGUCUCCAGCAGAGGUGGACCCAUUUUUACUUUACAUCCACUGGCAAAAAGCACUAAGUGCCAGAAACCAGUACCUUACAGUGAAGUUCUGUGAGGAAAGCAUUACUUGGCUUCUGAGGGAGCGCUAUAGACGCCUUGUUUGGAUGGAACAAUGGCUCUAACCUUUAUGUCCUUACAAGAAUUAAUCAAGGAGGAUUUCCUGACCUGUAAAAUCUGCUAUGAUCUCUACACAGUGCCAAAGAUCCUUCCAUGUCUGCACAGUUACUGCCAGCAUUGCCUGGAACCACUAGUGAGGGACGGAGCCCUCAAGUGUCCUGAGUGCCGGCUGCAAACAGAUGUCCCAGGAGGUGCCUCAAGUCUGAAAACCAACUUCUUCAUCAACAGCCUCCUGGAGUUAUUCCAGAUUAAACACAACAGGGACUUGGCCUGCACAGUUUGCUCAGAUGCCCAGAAGAUCUUGACUGCCACUGCCCGUUGCCUAGACUGCAAGGAUUUCUUGUGCCAGUCCUGCACUCAGGGCCAUUGCUGCUCCCGUCUCACUCUUCAUCACAAGGUGGUGAAGCUUGAGGAGUUUCUAGCUGGGGAAUAUGAUGCUGAGAUGAGGCUGCUUCAGGAGCUGUGCUGCCAGGACCACCAGCAGGAAGCUCUGCGAUUCUUCUGUGACACCUGCAGCGUUCCCAUCUGCAGGGACUGACGUAUGCUAGACCAUUUUCAGCACAAGGUGGUCUCUAUGGCAAAUGCUGUGCAGCGGGAAAGGCCUUCUGUUGAGCAGCUAAUUGACAGCCUGGCAGGAACGAUAACAUGCAUCUCUGAGCAGGAAAAAGCUGUGGAGGAGACAGUAGAUAAGUUGAAAACAUCAGGAGAGAACAUAAAGGAGAGGAUCACUAGAUAUGUGGAUGACUUUAUCUACUAUCUCCAGGCCCAGAAGGAAGCCAUUCUGGGCGAGUUGUCUGCUUUUCUAACUCAGCAAAUGGAAAGUUGUCGCCUGGUGAAAGAGGAGCUCCAGAGCCAAAGAGAUAAAGCAAUCAGCACCAGGGAGUUCUCUCAAAGGGUCCUCUAUGUGGGAAAGGACUAUGAGAUCUUACACCUGGAGGGCAUGAUAAGGAAUCGGAUUCAGGAGCUCCAGACGUAUAUCCCACAGAAACUAGAGGGCCAAAUCCCUGAAUUGGCCAUAGCCUGGGAUCAGCCGGAAAUGCUGUCCAAGGCAGCACUCUUUAGUCUAGUGUUUCCCAGGGAACAGCCUGAAGGAGACAUGGGAAUUGUUUUUGAGCCAGAUAGCGAGGCAUCUGCUUCCCCCAGUGAGGAGUCUGAGGAUGACCCAUUCUUGCCCGUGAACUUAGAAGAAGACUCCUGUCCAAGCUCUGAAGAGAGUGCUCCUGACACUCCCAACAAGAACCUCUCUUGUUGCAGCAGACGCAGUAAAAGGCCUAAGCGUGUCUGCACUUUUGAGGUAGACCAGUGCUGCUUCCAAGUAAAGCCCAAUAUCACAGGGAUUGCUGUUCUGCCUCACGCUGGUGGCAUUCUCCUGUUGGAUCAGGAGAAUGAUGAGAUAAAGCAGUACAGCGCUGGUGGGCACUUUCAGCAAUCAAUACCUCUGCCAGAUUCAGACGGUGUCUUCUGUGGCAUUUCGCUCUGUGGAGACGUCCUCGCUUGCUCUUCAGAUUCCUUCCUCUUCUUCCUGACCCUUGAGGGCAAGUUUCUGCACAAGUUGCUGCUAAGGGGAUCCGAGUCUUCCUAUGCUAUCACCUCCUAUAAGGACUCCUAUAUUGCCGUGAGUGAGGGCACACUCUGCUCCAUCUCCCUUUACAGCCCUUCAGGACACUGCAUGGGCAGGGUGGCACCCACAGGUUACCAUGGGGGGAAGUUCCUUUUCAUUGCCGUCAAUUACCAGGAGGAAUUCAUUGUCUCAGAUUUCAUCAAGAAGCAGAUUGUCAUCAUUGGGAAGUCUGGGCUGAUCCUCAACGUGCUGAAAACCUCACACUCACUGCUGACAAAGCCGUUCAGUGUAUGCGUGGACAUGUCCAGUAACAUUUUUGUGGUCGAUCAGUUGAAGGUGAUUAAAUUUUCCCCAGAUGGUGAGACGGGGGAGGUAGUGUUGAGCAACCAAAGUCAGCAGAAGAGACCUCGUGUCCUUGCUGUGGACGAUGACGGGCGCCUUGUCCUGGUGCAAGAGGAUGGUUACGUUCACAUUUAUUGCUUCUAGUUUACACCCUAGGAGAAUGUGGUCUGAGUGCCCCCAAAGUAGCUGGUUCUGUAACCUCAGGUCCCAAAACCUUGUGUUAAUAGUGCGCCAGAGUAAUCCCACUAGUACUGUCACUUCCAGAUGUGUUACAGAGCUUUAGCCCUGACUCUGGGUGUCAGUGGAACAGACAUGUCUGGGCAGGAAUCUUUGUGCUCCAAGGGUUUUGAAAAUGAUCAGAGCCCAGGGGAGCUGGAGGUAGAAAUAAUUUUUCACUAACUGAGAUGAGAUCCAUAUUGCCAAAACUUUCUACUCUCUCCCAGCUCACCUGAUAGUUUGUGGGGGGGACACUGCAAUGUUAUAGUCAGUGCUAUCAGUACCUGAGGUGAACAACUGGAGAGCUGGGAAUAAUGGCCAGCUCUAAGGAAAUGGCAGAAGGGAAAUGCCUUUGCUUAAUGUUCAUUUGGUAGUUGUCAUUGAUGGAUGACAGGUGCCUUUGAACUGUUUCACUUUAAAGUAACAUCUCUUCCCCUGCCUGCCUUACCUCUGCAUCAGCGCUGUGAGCCGGUAGAACUCCGACUUCCACUUUCACUGUUCUGGAGUGUGUCCCAGAUUAAGGGAAUGUUCAGAAAAAUGACCUACUUCUAUCUCUUGGCAUGCCCUUUGCCAUCUUAACCCAACCAGGCACUGAAUUUCUUCCCCCCCCCCAAUCCCCCCCCACAUACAAGUCAGAGUCCUCCUUGAGCAGGAUGACCAAACAUCACAAAGGAACCUGAAACCUGCCAGAGGCUGUGGGAACCUCUGGUCUCAGCAUUGGAAGUAUCCAGGGAACCUGACCAGCCCCACAAGUGUGAAAAGGUAAAAAUGGCUAGAACUGUAUCUAAAGAUCCCAAGCAGAAAGCGCCCAGCCUUGCUGCAGCGAAGGACUGGUUAGUGAAUCCAUUGGGAAGGAGGUGGCAGUCACCUCAGUUCAAUAGGUGAUGCAGCCUUUUACAUUCCUUUUUUGUUUAGCCUGUUGAAUCCGGGCAGAGGAGUCAGUGCUUGAGCAGGUCUCCGCUUUUGUUUAUAUUUAGGGAUAGAGACGAAAGAUUCCUAUUGCAUUCCAGCUCAUCCUACUGUUAACGUUCAAACAGAAAUGAUUGUUUUACACUAACACUUUUAUGCAUUUGGAUAAUUAAUAGAGCCUUGUGCUUUCCCUUAUGAACUGUUUUCCAAAUUUUCUUCUUGUUUCGCUUUAAUAAAGUCUGGUGCAAUUAUGGGUGUGGCAGGCCUCACGAAGGGUCCAGGGCAUGACUCUGGCACUGACUCCUUACAGUGGCCUGAAAAUAAGGGAUGUUUGCUGGAGCCUUUCCCUGUGUGCGGGACAGGAUGGGAGAGCACGUCCACAGGCUUCUUACACUGUGUUGGCAAGAAAUGUUCAGGCUCUUACGGAGCAGCUCUGUGGGAGCUAUUCAGGCAUUUGUCUUUGAGCUUUGUUUUAACACUUGCUGGCAAAUGUGCUCUCUUACAUGGAUUCUCAGGGACCUAGCCACGGGCACUAUCAUGUAGACAUGCAUUCUCUCACGCACUCAUGCGCACACACACAUUAGUAUUCACAUUCGUGCAUACAAAAUUAUACAAAAUUACUAAAGGUAGUUAAGACCCAGGCAGACUGCAAAGAGCUACAAAAGGAUCUCUC